CCCACAACAGAACCUCUGAUGUCCUGUCCAGUUUGUACAAAAUUCCCAGAAAGGUCCACAGAAUUGCCCUCGAUAGCUUCUUCCAGAAGGUGGGGAGAUAUCUCUUAAGCAGCGACCAGCAGCACCUACCGGAGAUUAUUGACAGCUUCUUCAAAAGUCUCUUCCCUAUAGCCUUCAACUAUGUUCUCAGUGACGCUUCAAAAACCAGCGGCUUGGGCGAGGCGUUCAAUGAGUGCCUCGAGAAACAUUACAAAGACAUUGAACCUUUUGGAAACGUGCCUAAACAUUUCGGAAUGCAGCUCCGUUAUGGAUUUAACAGGGCACGUAUUUACACGGAAACCCUCGAGGUCAUGCUGAACACCAUGGAUUCGACCAACAAUCUUCUCGUUCAUACAGACUGCCAGAAAGCCAUAUCACGGCUUCAUUUCUGUCCCUUAUGUAGCGGCCAAGUUGCAGCGAAGCCAUGUCGAGGGCUUUGUUUGAACGUCAUGAGGGGUUGUUUGUCUGGGAUUUCCGAGAUCUCUUCUUCUUGGGAUGACUUGGUGGUGGACUUUGAGAAUCUGCAUCUAGGCAUGUUUAAACAAAACAAUGCACAGGAGUUACUGGCCUACCUGGAUGGGAAUAUAACGGACGCUUUGCUGCAGGCUAUGGAUGAUGGAUCUAGAAUAUUCACACAGGUGCAGGAGCUGUGUAAGGUGCCAUCCCAUUCGGUGAGUGAUUCCGAUUUGUACAAGAAGUUCUUUACGCCGGAGGGCAUGCUGCUGUCACACCCCAGCAACCGAAUACAGUCCAUCAGAAAGGACAUCGCCUCCCUGAUCGCCGAGUUGGAAGAGUCUAAGGGCUUCUUCCAGAGAAUCGCCGACGGUUUAUGCCGGACGCCGUCCGUUUAUGAGCAAGAGAUGCAGAGUCAGCACUGCUGGAACGGUUCGGCCGUUGGCAGAUAUCUGAGAGAAGUACCUGAGGUUAAUAUCAUUUCACAAGCCACGCAUAACAUGGAGGUCCGGAUUACCUUGAUCCCUGAUUCUACCUUGCUACAGGUCAAGGACACUUUAGCACACAUGAAGCGGCAUCACCAGCAUGUUGCAAAUCCCUUGCUCAUCGCGUCCUUCCCAGCUCAUGACAUUCACGCCCAUGAUGUCCCGUAUCUUGUAUACGCCACAGAUUCACAUUUAUUUCUUUUUGUAAUACCAUCUGAACUAGCCGUGGCUUGUGGGUCGCGACCCCUUUAG